UUUUUCAUAAUUGAAGCACAGAGAAUAAACUGUGGUGUAACAUCCAUGAACCGAUGCUAUGAGACCCCCUCAAACAAUCCCACGUGCUCUGAUUCCUGAGACCAAAGCAUGCACUGUACCUCUUUCUCGGUUUAUUUGAUUAUUUAUGGGCUUGGGUCAAACCUGCUCCAGGGAGAACCACAGGGGAAAACCUGGCACAGCUCUUGCACACACAGACACUGUGUCACUGCAGGACUUUGGAGCGCUCGGAUUGGAUUUGGGACCAGCUCCUUGCUGCGUAUUUGGAGGGAGAGACAAGUGAGUUUCCUAGGGGAAGAAAAAUCAAUAUAACCUCUGUACUAGAAGAGAUGUGGAUGUGCUUGGUCUGGUUUUAAACCAUAUUAGGAGAUCUAUCUGGAUCAAACGAGGUUUUUGGGCUGGGCUAAUUCCAGGGGUCAAGUCUUUGGCACAAGAUGUUCUGUUGGAUUGUGAGCUGCCUUGUGUUUGGGUGGCUGACUUCUGCCUCAGAUGCACAGAGCCAUCCAGAAAUCCCCUCCGUGAAGAACAGCAUAUCCAUUGCAGAGGUGGUAGAAGGACAGAUUCGGGGGACUUACACAUGCAUCCAGGGCUACCACCUGGAAGGGAAGAAAGUCUUUUUUUCCAAUGCCUCUGAGGAGUGGGAUGCCUCUACCACACAAUGCCGCUUGGGCCACUGCCCUGACCCUGUGUUGGAGAAUGGUGAGUUCAGUUCUUCAGGUCCUGUGAAUGUGAAUGACAUAAUCGCAUUCAAGUGCAAUGACCAUUAUAUCCUGAAGGGCAGCAGUUGGAGCCAGUGCCUAGAGGAUCACAGCUGGGCGUCUCCCUUUCCCAUCUGCAAAAGCAGAGACUGUGACCCCCCUGAGAAGCCAGCUCAUGGCUACUUCCAAGGAGCAAACUUCACCUCAGGGUCCAUGGUUACUUAUCACUGUGAGAGCAGGUACCGCCUGGUGGGCACCCCAAAGCAGCAGUGCGUGGAUGGGGAAUGGAGUGGUGCUCCUCCGGUCUGCGAGCUGAUCCCACGCUCGGGGUUUGAGGAGGCACUGCUUGCCUUUCAGGAGAAUACGGACCUGUGCAGUGCCAUAGAGAACUUUGUGAGACGAGUAAAGGAAAAUGGCUUAACCAUGGAGGAACUAAAAUACUCUCUGGAGAUUGAGAAAGCAGAGUUGAUGCAAAAACUGUUGACCUGACAUCAGAGCUGAGCAGAAUGGCGAUAGAAAUGCUUUAAUGAAUAAAUUUUCCUCAUGAUUCUAAAA